AUGCCACGUCGUUGUCACACAAAAUCACGCAAAGGCUGCGUUCAGUGUAAAGAACGGCAUGUCAAGUGUGAUGAGCAGCAGCCCACGUGCGGUCUCUGUGUGAAACGAGAACUGACAUGCACCUAUGUUUCUCCUCCCCCAAGGCGAAAGUCUACCAUAAAGGCUUCACAACCAGCAAGUGUUCGCUCUGUAUCUGCUACCUUGAGCCCAUUUGCAAACGCUCCGCACCUUCCCAGACUCGAAGAGAUGCGGCUGUUUCACCAUGCCCUUUUAGUGACAAGUCCCACGUUCAUCAAAGAUGAAAUCGACCGAGAGUUCUGGCAGAUGGUCGUCCCUCGCAUUGCAACAAAUCACAGUUAUGUCCUCAACGGAUUUCUAGCAGUUGCUACCUUACACCUGGCAUCAUUAGAGGCUGAGCGCUCGUCGCACUGGCUUGAAAUUGCGUUGACCUACCAUAAUUCCGCCAUUAAUGGAUUGCGUCAACAUCUAGAAGCUAGCGAGCAGAAUUGCGAGGCUCUGUUCAGUUGCUCGGUCCUAAAUCUAAUUUUUGUCACUGCCUCUCCGGGGAUUCAAGGAGGAGGUGAUCCUGUGGACCCAUUGCGUGACAUUCUCACCAUGCGAUCCUUCUUGAGUGGUACUGCCGUUCUCUUUCUCCAGAUCUAUCAUGGCAAGGAACAGACCAGUAUCGAUUUUUGGAUCCUCCGGGAGAAGAAAAAGGAAAAAGCGGUAUCAAAAGAUGGUGAGGACCCUCGGAUGGUUGAAUUACACCAGACCACGUUAGAGAAACUUCAUGGAUUUCGGAAAACCCUUGAUGCACUCCGCAGUCCACACCUGGAGAUUUAUCAAAGCACUCACAACCUGCUUCGUAAGGCUAUCGAGGGUUGGCCUACAGAAGACAGUAUAUCCUGGCCCAUCGAAAUCGGGGAUGCUUUCCUGGAACUGGUGAAACAGGAAGACUGGAUAGCUCGGAUCAUGCUGCUUUUUCACGGCCUAGUUUUGGGAAUCCUGCAACCACUCGAGGGUCAAGUUCCCACCGAAUGGGUGGACCUCGUUGAAUGGAUUCAAGAAGCAGUAAACUUGUGA